GAGGAGACAAAGCGAAACGUGACGCAAGCACUUUUUACGAAAUUAUUCGAUGGCUACCAGAAGGAAUUUCUACCGCGUCUUAAUGAAUCAGAACCUGUCCAGGUGCAUUUUGAGUUUGAGAUCAUCACCAUCAAGGAAGUGGUGAGCUUUAAAAGGGACUGUCCACACUUGGUGCUCGGGAACUAGUACCUGGGUACGGCACAAAAUGGUGUUGUGUUUACACUUUGAGUACCCGACAUGUGACUGUGUACAUAGUUACUCCAUUUCGCCCUGUCAGACGCCAUUUUGAAACAUGAGCUUAGCAGCGAGAACAAAGCAGUGGACUGCCCGGAACUUACAAAAAUUGUGUGAACAAAAGGACCCAGUGCCCACUUUGGUGCCCUAGUACAAGGUCGAGACCUUGUACUCGAGCACCGGCACCAUCGGCAUGCCCGAAUUCUUUCGUGGGUACUUGAAAAAGGGUGUGUUCACGUUAAUGCCCACCGAGUACCGUACUCGGGCACCGUGCCCGGGUACCAAGUGUGAAAGCUGCCUUAAAUUUACUAAGGCCCUUAGCACAAGGGGUACCACAGACCAUUAGCACUUUCAUCUUUCUGUUACCAUACCGCAAACUGCCGCUUUAAACCCCAUCUACUAAUAAACCCCCAAUUAUAGGCCAAUCUACCUGUAAAAAAAUACAUCCGAUUAUAAGCAUGGCAGGAUACAAGCCCCUCUCUGAAUUCGAUUUAUUAUGAGGUUUUCAACCCUAAUUAAAAACCAGUUAUUACAAAAUGUAUUUUGAUCAGCACCGCUAUAGAUUGUUUUGAAGCGCUUUUUCUCUUCCCGUUAUGAGCCCUCUCGGAUACGUCCCUCUGUUUAUAAGCCCUCCUCAAACCCUUACGAAGAUGUACAAGCCCAGGGCUUAUAAGCGGCAGUUUAAGGUAUAACAUUUUAGAGGUACCUUCCAGCUGACUUUUAACUCUACUUCUUAGUAUUUUCAGUAAGGAAUUGAAACAAAUCUUGAUUUUCGUCUCCUCUUAGAGUUGAUGCUACUUAUCUGCUUUUUUCUUUUUCUUCUUGCCACAGAAUGCCAAGGAUCAGACAAUUACAGUUUAUGGUUGGGCCGAACAGGUAACAUUUAGCAUUUCAAUUUAAAACUAAGAUUACAGACUUUUGCCUUUUGAAGAAUGCGAUAUAAUUCAAACCCAAGUAUGUAACGCUGAAAAAGGAAAUUGUUUGAUUACCGUAAAGAAGUAGCUACAAACAAAACAUACGGAUCCUUUAUAGGCUAUAAUUUGUGCGGUUUUAAGAGGGGAAUAAUUAGUAAUAACGGUCAAAUGUGUGAGUUCAUGUAUCUUUCUCUCCCCAAGAAAUGGCGCAAUCCCUUACUCCAGUGGAACGCAUCUGAGUAUGGUGGUAUUAAGUCCAUUCAAACGAGUGCCGACAAGGUCUGGGUACCGGACAUACUCAUGUACUACAAGUAAGAAAAUAGCAAUGACAUCCGCACGCACACAGGACAAGCCAACAUACCUUUAUUCUGCCUCCUUUACUUUAUUCUUUAUUCCACCUCCUUUACAAACCCCCCGUAAGGGGGUAGAGGGAAGGGAAAAAAUGAGAGAAACUUCCUCUCUCACUCCCCCCCACUCCUCUCUGAAAUCUCCUUUCUUCUUACCCCUAAGGCUUAAGGCCAGAUACCCGGGAUAAACCCUCCGACGCAACGGUAUUUGAUACUGAGUGAAAACCACAGCUGGGCCACCUUAUUUGACAAAACACUUGCUCACAAAAGGGAGGUCGUGGUUUUGAUUUCCAGGACUUGAACAAUACUCUUCUUAAAAUAACUGAUGAAAAAGACAUUGCCUUUGCCUUAAAUAACAACAAGGCUCAGAAUACGCACAAGAGACGAUCCCGUCUCCGGCGAGGACCCAAAAUGGUCCUGAAAACACACAAUGAAAGAGAAAACAGUCGUCAGGGUGCUCUGUGUAAGAGAAGAACAGGCGGGAGACAGGAUGGUUGUAAAAUGGCAGCUAUUUGUGCUUUUAAGUUACAGGAACUGCAGCUUUCGGUUCACUCUAACCGUUAGCCCGUUCCAGGCGUUCAGAUAGUGGAGUGAGGUUCGAAGUCAGAGUUUGGGAAAAAAAUAAUUAGGAAGAGAGGGAGAGGGGGAGGGAGAGGGAGAGGGAGAGGGAGAGAGAGAGGGAGAGGGAGAGGGAGAGGGGGAGGGAGAAGGGGAAGGAGAGGGAGAGCAAGAGGAAGAGGAAGAGGGAGGGGGAGAGGGAGAGGUGGAGAGAGAGGGAGAGGCAGAGACAGAGGGAGAGGGAGAGGGAGAGAGGAGCCGGGAACCUUAAAUCUCAACCCUAUACCCCACACCUCUCUUUUUUUUCUUGCUCACCACUCUUUGUGCCAUCCCUACCAUCUGCCUGGGCUGACAGGCCUGAAGGUUAGUGAUAAGUAGCAUUUGUUUGUAUAGUAUAUUUUUAAUCCUAGCGGAUGGACGCUUCUACGAGCUUUCCUGCACUGUACUUACUUUUACCAACAAGUCUAACAAUAACAUGGUUACACGAUUAUUUCUGCUUUCAAUCUUACUAGCAUUGACUUCCUAGACCGCAUUGGGGGCGGACCGACUUCAUAUAAAACCAAUGUUAUCACGCGAUCAAAUGGAGACAGCUACUGGUUUUGCCCAGCCCUCUUUCAAACCGCCUGCGCCAUAGAUAUCACUUACUUUCCAUUCGACAUGCAGACCUGUGAGCUCAAAUUUGGUUCUUGGUCUUCAGGCAGUCAGGAAAUAAAAUUGUCGACAAGACCAAUGAAUAUAUCGACUAUAUCAAAAGAGUACGUGAACAACGGUGAAUGGCAACUAAUCAGAGUCGCAUCCAAAAAAAAUGUCUUUCAGUACAAAAAUGGGCCAUAUGAUGACAUCACUCUCACCUUGGUGAUAGCCCGUGUGUACUUUACUUAUUUUGUGAACCUGAUUGUCCCAUGCUUUCUCAUUUCAACCAUGAUAUUUCUGGGAUUUAUUCUUCCACCAGAGUGCGGGGAAAGAAUUGGUUUGAGCAUAACCGUACUUCUUGCCAUGACUGUCUUCCAGCAAUUAACAGCAAACAUUUUCCCCUCGUUUGAUUUCCCACUCCUCGGUCAGUACUAUUUUGCUACAAGCGUUGAAAUAAGCUUUUCGUUGGUGGCAACAACGAUUGUUUUGAACUUCACGGCCAGCAAAAACAAGAAGAUGCCAAGUUGGUUGCGUAAACUACUUCUAAAGUGGUUGGCGCGUGUUAUUUUCCUGAGAAAUACCGUGGAACGAAGCUGUCCUAAACCCAACAGACGCAGAAAAUCGAUGCGAGGCAACAGCGUGAGGCAGCAUAUGAGAAGAAACGCCCCAGGUGCCAGACAAAAUGGAUCUGUUGCACAGAUGAUUUUCGAUGGAGCUAGCUCUGAAGAAAAAAGGGACGACCGGCUAGUUGAAGAGUUGAACAACGUCUUUAUAGUAUCAAAAAACCUUGACUGCGGUGGCAUGCGUUAUGCAAACUCCAUCGCGUCCAGUGAAUUAAAUGGCCAUGGUCCUGGCAAUUUAGUCCUUAGCAAUGCUGAAUAUGAGGAGGUAUGGGACGAGAUGGAAGUACCAUUCACGGGAGUCUUGGAUGAGAAUGGCGAGGAACUCGAGGAGGACGAGUUGACCUUUAGACAGUGGGAGUGGGUCAUGGCCGCGCGAGUCCUGGAUCGAGCGUUGCUGUGGGUCUCUAUAAUUACGGGUAUCGUGACGUUUGUGGCAAUUUUCAUGAGAGCACCUCGCUUGCAGGACAUACUUUUUGGUUCGUGA